CAGAAGGAGGGAAAGGCGGCGGCCCCAAGCGACCCAGGCGUGGGGGUUGCCAUAGCCUACAUCCCUGGGGACAAGACCGAGGCUCCUCCCCGGCGCCCCCAGCGACCCCGGCUGUGGCUGCCUGGCUCUCCGCUCACCCAUCCCCCUGGUACUGGGACCAGGGAGACACCGGCAGCGUUCACCUCUCUGCUCCCUGCGCUCCAGGUGACUCCCAGCUGUUCGCCGCCGCCCCUGGCUUUCGGGGCCAGCCCGGCCUCGUGAAGGUCGCGGGAGGGAUGAGCCUGGUGAGACCGUUACCCACCCGCCGCUGAGAGCACCCCGGGGGUACCUGGCAGCGCUGCAGCUCGCUCUCCUUGCUCCGAAAACCAAAUUUGGGACGUUUACUCACCUCAUAGGAUAGGUCAAGCAAACGAGUUUUAAGAUUGCUGUUGUCUGGAGGAAAUGCAAAAUGAUUGAGGCCUUUCGAGUGUUAGGAAUAAUCCCUCUGCAACAUGAACUUGAAGUGCCCUUUACAUUUUAGCGCCCUUCGAACGGUUGCACGAUUUAAUUAACGGUUCAAACUUAGGUUUUCUUCUUUAAGUGGCAUUACUUUGGCAUGAAUUUUAAAGGCAAAGAUGAGAGAUCCUCUUACUUGGGAUCCCCCUUAACUUUGAAAUCUAAGAGUUCAAGAUUUACUGCUGACACAGACAUUUUGAAGAUGUCAGAAAGGUCCUCAGGUCAAGUUAGCACCGGAGCAGAAAAGGAGGUUGAUUCUCCCAUUGUCAACUUCAAGUUCUCCACCAGAGAUUUUUGUUCCACAUCUUCAUUUCAAGAUAGUGGCUGUAAUGAGUUAAAAUCUUGCAGAGUUGGUAACAGAGAUAAAGAAUUUUUAAGAAAGAAAGACAAAGACCCCACAUUAGUCAAUGAGCACCCCAAAGUUUCAAGCCUGGGCUCAACACAUCCUUUAGAGUCUCUCACUCAAAAAAAGGAAUUUGUCCUCUCUAGAAAGGAACAGGAUAAAACCCCAGAACUCUGUGAAACUCCUAGAGUCAGUAGAAAAAAAAGUUUACCUCGCAGAAGACUGAAUGUAUCUUUCUCUCUUCUAAAGAAGGACUUUGAAUCACAUAGUUUUCUAGAGAGUGGUGUGAGCCAAGUUCUUAACUUACCAAAAAAUAUUGCAAACAGUGCUCCAGAUUUUCCAAGGCAAAAUAAUUUGAGUUCUUUAGUUCCUAGCACUUUAAAAACAGAAGAAGUGACUUCUAGCAGUCAAAAAUUGAGACUACAUUUUUCUCAGCAAAAGACUUCCACAAUCGAUGAUUCCAAAGAUGACUGUGACCUAUUUGAGGUUGAAUGUCUAUCUCCAAUUCAGGGGAAUAGUUUUAAUGACUCUAUCACACAUCACUUUAGUGAUAGCAGUUUAAGUGUCAAUGAUGAGAAUGUGUAUCCGGAACUUCUGGGCUCUUCUGUUAGUGGAACAACUUGUAAGACAGAUGAAGACAUAUUUGUGACCCCAAUAAGUAAUCUUGUAGCAAGCAUUAAAUUUAAUUCAAGUCAAACACUUUCAUCUUCAAGUGAAGCGAAAGGCAGUCUUUCUACACCUGAAGACAGUGGUUUUAACUCACUUAGCUUGGAUAAAUCAGAAGAUUCUCUGUCUGAUCAGGAGGGCUCUUUUCACGAACUCCUUCAGAAAUGUAAAGGAACUCUCAAAGUUGGGGACACCAUAAGACAGUCAAGGCAACUUAGACGGACAAGAAGAUUGUCCACCCUUCGGGAACAAGGCUCACAGUCAGAGGGAGAAGAGGAAAAGCAGAUCAUUCACUCUCACUCUGAAACAAGACCAGCAGAUACCCCAGACGUCUCAGAGAGUCCGUCGGGCAGGGAUAGUAAGAGCACGGAUUUGAUUGUAAGCUUUAAGAAUUUAUCAAACACCCCAGCCUUGCAGUUGGUGCAUGAGCUCUUUAUGAAAAGCAAAAGAAAAAGAUCUCAGCAAAAUGGUGCACAUGAAUUUUUAGAAGAAAGAGAUGGAGGGAAGAUAGCCGUAUUGAAAUGUAUCCUUGCAGGACUGAUUGGCAAGAAAAUGGGUAUAGAAAAACUGGACAUCUUAACGGAAUUAAAAUAUAGGAAUUUAAAACAUAUUCUUGCUAUGGUUUUAGAUUCUUUGACUGCAGAGAGCCUAUGCAGUGUUUGGAAAGUAAGCAGAAAUUGGCGUGAAAUUGUUGUUCAAGAUAAAAAAGCAAAUAGGAGAAGGAGAUUUUAUAUCACACGACUGAAAGCCGUUUCUCAGGAAGCUAUAUUUAGUGUAGAGGAUGCUGCCACUCGGCUCCAUCUUUCAACUCGCUCAGCUCUAAGAUCCGUGCAGUCACAGGCUAGGACACCGGGUUCUCAGAAAGAACAAGUAGCAACAUUAUCUCCUUGGGGAGAAAUUUUGACACCUAUAGCAAGCUCUUCUGUUACUCGCUCAAGCAGUAAACAGGAAGAAUAUGUUAAGGUUGCCAAAACACUUUUUAUCGAUGAAGCAUUAAAACCUUGCCCACGAUGCCAGUCCCCUGCUAAGUAUCAACCUUAUAAGAAAAGGGGAUUGUGUAGCCGCACAGCCUGUGGUUUUGACUUUUGUGUGUUGUGUCUUUGUGCUUAUCAUGGGUCUGAAGAAUGUAGUCAAGGAACGGCAAAGCCAAGAAAUAGGAAAGAUGCCCUCCCAGGAAGUGUCCAGAGUAAGCGGAAUUUAAAACGCCUUUAAAGAGACUCCAUAUGAAUAAGCACUUCCCCUAUGCAAUGUUUUAUU